CUGAGCUCAACAACCAAGACCCCAACACAAGACACACCCCAAGAAGAUGCAGAUCUUCGUGAAGACCCUGACUGGCAAGACGAUCACGCUGGACGUGGAGCCGUCGGACUCGAUCGACAACGUCAAGCAAAAGAUCCAGGACAAGGAGGGCAUCCCGCCUGACCAGCAGCGUCUGAUCUUCGCCGGCAAGCAGCUCGAGGACGGCCGCACGCUGAGCGACUACAACAUCCAGAAGGAGUCGACUCUCCACCUGGUGCUGCGUCUGCGUGGUGGCAUGCAGAUCUUCGUGAAGACCCUGACUGGCAAGACGAUCACGCUGGACGUGGAGCCGUCGGACUCGAUCGACAACGUCAAGCAAAAGAUCCAGGACAAGGAGGGCAUCCCGCCUGACCAGCAGCGUCUGAUCUUCGCCGGCAAGCAGCUCGAGGACGGCCGCACGCUGAGCGACUACAACAUCCAGAAGGAGUCGACUCUCCACCUGGUGCUGCGUCUGCGUGGUGGCAUGCAGAUCUUCGUGAAGACCCUGACUGGCAAGACGAUCACGCUGGACGUGGAGCCGUCGGACUCGAUCGACAACGUCAAGCAAAAGAUCCAGGACAAGGAGGGCAUCCCGCCUGACCAGCAGCGUCUGAUCUUCGCCGGCAAGCAGCUCGAGGACGGCCGCACGCUGAGCGACUACAACAUCCAGAAGGAGUCGACUCUCCACCUGGUGCUUCGCCUUCGCGGUGGAAACUAAUUAGUUACGAGUACAAGUGUAGCUUGAAGCAGUUAGUUUCACAAGUCGAGAGCAUGUUAUAAAUGAAUGUGAUUUCGUCACAACU